CGUAGUGAUACCAGCUUAUCCAUGUUGGGCGAUAAUAGAAUAUCAGAGUCUUGAGUCUACAUGAAAUAUCUUAUCUACUCGUUCUCUACACUUUAUUUAACAUUUUCAAUCGACGAUGUCAUACUGCAAGGAUGAAGGCAAAGACAAAGUGAUAUUUGUAACUGAGAAGGACCACAACACACCAAGCACAGCCAAACUUGACUGGGAGGAUGAGGAAAAUGAUGAUCAGCCAGGACUAAUUCUGAAUGAUGGUUCAAUAAAUUGGGAUUGUCCAUGCCUCGGUGGAAUGGCUUCGGGACCUUGCGGAAUCGAAUUCAGAGAGGCAUUUUCCUGCUUCCAUUAUUCUAAAGAGGAACCUAAAGGAACAGACUGUUUAGAUCAGUUUAGAGGAAUGCAAGCUUGUAUGCAGCAGUAUCCCACCCUAUACCCAACAUCACAAGAUGAAAAGGAGGAAGACCUGGUGGCAGCGGUAGAUGAUCUUGAGAAAGAUGGAACAUCAAGUGCUGGAAGCGGAAGUGAAAUAGUGGACAAUAAGGCUAAAGAAGAUAUAAAUAUUGAACAACCUGAAAAGACUGGUAGUGCAAGUUGAUGUUAGUUAAUUUAGGGAAAUGAUGAUUACCUAUGCAGUAUACAUGUAUAGUCGAAUGAAGGCAAAGUCUAGGCCUGCAUGAUUUUGUGUGGUUGAAAAUUGAUCAUGAUAAUUCUUGAAAUUUGUCCUUUUGCCAUCCAAUUGUUUGACUCAUAAUA